AUGGGGAAUCAAUGGCAGUGCCCCGCCAUGAUGGUUGGCCCUGUGAUCUGCGGCGCCCUUUUGGCAUUCGGCCAUCGCCUGUACUAUGACAGCCUCAACGACACGCGUGUCCACUCGAUUAACCAGCGGACUUGGGCGCUUCAAAUUGGAACAGGCUUUGCAUUUCUAAUCCGGUCCUUCCUGGUUGCUGCCGUUGGAGUCGCAGCGAUGCAGGAGCUUUGGGCGACGCUGCGCAAGAAAAGUAUCCGGCUCUAUGGAAUUAACAGCAUGUUUGUGGUCAUGGGAAGCCCGCUUGCGCUCCUCACGUGGGAAGUCUGGGUUUACGCGAAGACACUGACUCUUCUCGCAAUCCUUGCAUGGCUCAUCUCCCUAGCCGCCAUUGUUACCCCGGCCACCCUCUCAGUCCGCCUCCUCACAACAUUCAACACCACCGUACAAUCCGCCGUCUUGAUAGUUCCUUGUGCGGUGGUGGUUGUGGUAAUUUUGAACCGAACCCUCGAGGAACGCCCGUUGGUCAAGGGCUGGGCCUCCUUCACGGCGACAUUGGUUAUAGAUAGAGUUUGA